AUGCUUGCGUCACGGCCUUACGCACGUUGGUGAGGACAUGUAACUUCGGAGUGUUAGAGAACAGUCUAAUUAGAGACAGGAUUGUCAUUGGAGUAGGAGACAAUCAAGCUCGCAAGAAGCUCCUAUAAGUGUCCAAACUCACAUUGAAGGAAUGCAUUGGUAUCUGUAGAUCCUAUGAGACCUCAAGCCAACAACUGAAAGAAUUUAAUCAAGAGGAAGUCAGCGCCAAUAGUCAGUCCAAUGAAAAGAAACCUAGAGAAAUUCACUGCAAGUUCUGCGCCAAAACGCAUGUCUGGAACAAGCUUAAAUGUCCUGCAUGGGGGAAGACUUGCUCUAAUUGUGGCAUUCCAAACCACUUUGCGGUGGCCUGCAAAAACAAAUCGCCUCCACCCAGUUCAGCCACAUCCUCUAAACCUCCCACAUUGAGACACGUCUGCAAGCCAGUACAUGCAGUGGAGGAUUCUGACUUUGACGAAUAUGUUGCUUGUGUUGAUAUCAAGGAGCAAGUCUGUGCUGUGGAAAAUCCUGAUCGUAAAGACAAACUGCUUGUGGUAAUGCUAUUAAAUGGUCAUAGAGUCCCAUUCCAACUGGACACUGGUGCAGCAGUGAACAUCUUACCUGAAGAGUCUUCCAAAGAAGUAUACGGUGAAGGCAGCCUAUCCCUGCUGGACAAUGCGGACAUAACUCUUGUUAUGUACAACAAAACUGAGGAGAAGCCGAUUGGCAAGAAACGUGUCCAAGUUGUGAAUCCCAGAAAUGGAAGAAAAUACAGUGUGGAAUUUGUAGUUGUAAAAGGAAUAGGUAAGCCUCUGCUUGGCUCACGAACCAAUGAGCAAAUGCAACUCAUCUCUGUGGUCCGACAAAACAUCAUGCCUAUUCAGUUUGAAGAGCCUUCGCAGAGCAAACACCACUUAUAG